GGAACUUCAGUUCGGGGCCGCGGAAGCAGCCCGGAGCUGAGAAAGGGAGGACGGCGGCUCCGCGCCUGCGCACUCCGCAUUUCACCUUGGCGGAAAAUCAUGGCGACGGACUCGUGGGCGCUGGCGGUGGAUCUGCAGGAAUCGGCGGCCGAGUCGCUGGGCAAUCUAAAACUGAAAGAAGAUAGUUCAAAUGCUGAACCUAAAGAAGCAACUGUAAAGCAGGAUCAAUCAGACAAACUGGACAAAACUGAUAAAUCCGAUAAAACCGCUCAACUUGACAAAAGUGGUGAUAAUCUGGAAGUCAAGCAAGACGAUGAUGAUAAAGAGGAUAAGGCUGCCCAGUCCCUAUUGAAUAAAUUAAUCCGCAGUAACCUGGUUCAAUCGACGCAUCAAGUUGAAGUACUCCAGAGAGAUCCAAAUUCCCCUCUGUACUCUGUGAAGUCCUUUGAAGAGCUACAUUUGAAAAAAGAGCUUCUGCAAGGCGUAUAUGGAAUGGGAUUUAACAGACCUUCAAAGAUCCAGGAGACAGCCUUACCCAUGAUGCUUGCGGAACCCCCUCAGAAUUUGAUUGCACAGUCUCAGUCAGGUACUGGUAAGACAGCUGCCUUUGUUUUGGCUAUGCUCAGCCGUGUAGAUCUCUCCCAAAGACACCCACAGUGUUUAUGCCUUUCUCCAACUUAUGAACUGGCUUUACAGACUGGACAGGUUAUUGAACAAAUGGGAAAAUGCUGCCCUGAUAUCAAGCUAGCAUAUGCAGUGCGAGGCAACAGACUUGAGAAGGGUCAGAAGAUUUCAGAACAAAUUGUUAUUGGCACCCCUGGAACAGUUAUGGACUGGUGCACAAAGCUCAGAUUCAUAGAUACUAAGAAAAUUAAAGUUUUUGUCCUAGAUGAAGCUGAUGUCAUGAUUGCAACUCAAGGACACCAAGACCAGAGCAUUAGAAUUCAGAGGAUGUUGCCUAAAUUCUGUCAGAUGCUGCUGUUCUCAGCUACAUUUGAAGAAUCUGUGUGGAAAUUUGCCCAAAAGGUUGUUCCAGAUCCUAAUAUUAUCAAAUUGAAGCGAGAGGAAGAAACCUUGGAUACAAUUAAACAGUAUUAUGUGCUGUGUGACAACAAGGAAGAGAAAUACCAGGCUCUGUGCAACAUUUAUGGAGCAAUUACCAUAGCACAGGCCAUGAUCUUCUGUCAUACUCGCAAGACUGCCGGUUGGCUGGCAGCAGAAUUGUCUAAGGAAGGUCAUCAAGUAGCACUGCUGAGUGGAGAGAUGAUGGUGGAGCAGCGAGCUGCUGUGAUCCAGCGUUUCCGGGAUGGCAAAGAAAAAGUACUUGUCACCACUAAUGUUUGUGCAAGAGGUAUUGAUGUUGAGCAGGUCUCCGUCGUCAUAAACUUUGACCUUCCAGUGGAUAAAGAUGGUAACCCAGAUUGCGAGACAUACCUUCAUAGAAUUGGACGAACAGGUCGUUUUGGCAAACGUGGCUUGGCUAUUAACAUGGUAGACAGCAAAUACAGCAUGAAUAUCCUCAACCGAAUCCAGGACCAUUUCAACAAAAGGAUUGAAAAGCUUGAUACAGAUGACCUUGAUGAGAUUGAGAGGAUCACUAACUGAAGUACAACAGGCUGAACUAGUUUAAACCCUUCUCAACCCUGUGACAACAUGCACUGCCCAGCUGCAAUUGGACUUUUGGACUUGGAAUCCAAUUGGGUUAUUCUGCAGCCAAUUUUGAGAAUAGACUGCCAGAAUCAAAUUAUAUUCAAUUUACCUCAUUUAAAACUUUGCAGUUGGACUGUAAAAUUUUGUAUUUUUCCUUCAAGGAGUGAAUAAAAAAAUGCCAGGAAAAUGUUUACACUUGAAACAUUCAACAUGCUUUCUAAAGUUUGUCUUAGUUAACCUAAAAAACAAAAAAUAAAAACACAAUUUGAAUUGCCAAACAGUAGAGGAAGGUGGGAGUUGUAAAAAUGUUAAGUAAGAAUGGCCCUUUCAGUUUAGGUACACUGCAUUUUUAAUAGGUUACAAACAGAUGUCAAUCUGCUCUGAAGUGAAAUGGUUACUGAAAUUAAUCAAAACAAUUGGUCUGAAACAGAAAUGUUAUUACCCUUGAUUAUUUGGUGCUUGGAUUACAAAAUGUAUUGGACUUGAAUUGGCACCUCAACGAUGGUAGUUUUGGUUUUAAUUAAUAGUUUAUUUAAUUAGGUUCAGUGUUGCUGAAAAAAUCAAUUUUUUUUGUCGAAGUUUUUGUCUUGCAUUCAUUAGGACAUUUCACAAGAAUACAAAUCCAAGGAAAAUGUCCUGAUGAAAAGCUUUAACAAAAAAGUAUUCUUUUCAGCAAUAUUGAAAUUCUGUACUACCAAAUAACUAAUUAGGUCUAUUUCAGACAGACGAUUUAUUGAUGGCUCGUUUUCUCCUGGAUCAGUAAAGUUCUUUUUUAAAUCUGGUUGCCCAGGUUGUCCACACUUCUGAAUAAAAGAUAUCUUCUGCACCAUAGUUAGACUCAGCCUGAUAUACAGACUGAUGUAAACAACAGGAAAAUAAACAUCCCUCUCUCUGCCACAUUCACCUUUCCAAAACUUCUAACAACUCACUUUAUUGUAGCAAAUCAAGGAGUCACUAACAGUUAUCUCAGUUUCUUAAAUAAAUAAAAAUAUCAAUUGCUUACUACAGUAGUUCCUUUAAUUAACAUCAAAAUGGUGACAGAGCAGAAAUUUCUUGAAGUUUUUUAAUGAAUUGAGAAUCUGGUUUGAUUUUCACCUAAUAUUUCCAUGGGGUUAGGGAAAGAGUAACAUUGCUGGGCUGAAAUAAUUUAUGUUGAACAGUGAGAAAUUUGGAAAUAAAUCUGAAUAAAACUUCUCUCUGAAUAAGUAGUAUUAUAUCAGCAUGUAAAAUGCUUCGCCCAGUUUCUUAAGAGCUAACAGGUGAUUUCUGGAUAACUGCACUGAAUGAACAUAUUCUGUAUAAUGGGCUGUGACUAUCAACUUGUAUAAGUUAUGUAUCUGCACAAAUGAUAUGAAUCAUUGUCAGCCCUUAGAUUUGGAUCAACUUUAUGCUGAAAAUGCUUGUGUGCGCUCCAAUGAGUGAGUAUUCACAAAAUUUUAUAGUUAAAUAUAGCUGUGCCCUUACAUUAAACAUGAGCUUUUUACAUUCUGUGCUUAGGUAUCAAUUGACUUGUGAAACUAUCUUUGUCAUACACUAUGCUACAAGGAAGGUGGCUAGAAAAAUCAAUGAGAUUUAUAGACGUAUGACACAAUAACCUAGUCAGACUUCUGCAGUGAACAUUAACUCACCAUUGUAUUAUUCCCCAUUCAUACAAGGUCCACAUCUAGUGAAUGGUUAGCAUUCCUAUCAAAUACAUUUACACAAAGACCAACUACUUUAAAACCAUUUCACAAAAAGUAAAAAAAAAUGUAUUGUUCCUUAAACAUGAAUUGAGAAAUGUACAUUUUUUAAUUUCAAUUUGAAAGCUAGCAACCAGAGUUUGGGUCAUUUCUUGUGCUUGUGAAUGGAGUCCCUUCCUUGAAUCUUGAUGUGCUUUGUGUGUUGCAUAUGUUCAGUUACUUUGAGGUGGCUGCCAUUGCAAUAUACCAGCUUUAUUGGCUUUUUUUUAAUUAGUGUUAAGAAAUAACAUGGCGAUUCUAUUUAAAAAGGGAAUUCCUGGUGUGGCAAAAGAUUAUUUGCAAUUUAUGGCCAACUGUUGAAAAUGUUACUGUUUAUAUUUCUCAAGUAAUGUCAUCAAUUGGUGACUGUUACAGCUUUGCAUAGAGUGAAAACUGGUUAACAAUCACUCCUCACAUUUGAAACUCUUAAAAAUUUGUUGGGGUAAAGAACUAAAAACAGUCUGAGAAAAUGAAAUACUUAUUCUUAUGCAACAUAUUGGCUGUAAAAUUCUGUUCAAAUACAGGAACAAAUUAACCUUUUACCAAGUAAAAAAUGAAACUAAUUUGAGAUUGUACCUAAAAUUUUAGGAGAAUUUGACAAAUGCCCUCUCUUCAAAUAUUUGUAUAAAAGCUUUACCUUGAAAUGACUGUGCAGCUUAAAUUACUGUGUAUUAAAUUUUGUACAAUAGGGUGUAUGCAUUUGUACGCAGUGCAUUUUUAUUUGGUUGUGAACUGGAUUGUAAUUGGAAAUAUUUAAACUGCAGAAGUGAAUGAGUGCUUUGAGUGUCAUGGAUAAUUUGAGAAUGAAAUGCCUAUAAUUUUACAAAUUAUAAAAUAUCUGUCAGCAGCCCUUACAAUGGAGAAAACUAAUGUUGCUGCAGAUUGGUUUCCAUAUUAUUCUUGCGUACUAAUUGGAAUAAAGAGUAAGUACGUCAA